GAUGAACUACCAUCAAUUGCAUGGAAGAUUUGGCGCGCACGCGAUAGAAGUACGAGUAACUAUCAUUUUGUUUAUUUGAGCGUUGCUUUGUCACAAAUAUGGAAUUACCGAAGACGCCCGAUGAAUUGUCCGCACAAGAUCUUGCCCGGUGCAAGCAAUUAUUAGAAGAUCCCGCAAAAUGGCACACGAUACCACUGUUGAAUCACACGCCGCUGCACAAACUGAAAGACCUGGGUUUAGUGCGUUUCCGUGGCAUGGUACAGGACAUGAUGGAUCCGGAAAUCUAUUUGGAGCGCUACGAGAUCAAGUCGGCGAACGGCACCACGCGAAUGCAGCAGGGCAAGUAUCGUGAUUGUUUGCGCCUGGCCAAAGAGGAGCAACUCGACUACAACGCCGAAAGCAAUGUGCAUGGCGAGAGGCGAACGUUGUUUGUGGUUUCGCUGCCGGGCCAAAACGCUUGGGCCAAAGACCACGAAAAAGAAUGUGGACCAAAGAUGACGACUACACCUGAAGGUGGCGUUGGAGUUGGCAUUAAGCGCGCUUUUGAUGAGAAGGAAGAUAUGGACAUUGACAGCACAGAUGAUCUUUCUAGCCAGAAAAGACAAUGCAAGGAAUCACCUAGCACAGUAAGUGGCGCUGAAAACCCCACCGCAGUGCUAGGUGCAGAAUAUCUGCUCAACUCUCCACUGCCUGAUCGUCCGAGCAUGGCGUGCAUGAUCAAAGUUUAUGAGGAUUUUGAUAAAUACACUUUGAACUCGUUGAUGGAUUUUGUGGGCUUCUUGUCUGUGGAUCCAGCACUAGACGCAGCCACACUGGAUGUGGAAGCCAUGCAGCAAAUGGAGUGCUUGAGUGAAUUGCAGGCACAGAAUCCAUCACCAUUUCUUAUACCACGUCUGCAUGCCUUUGGUGUCAAAUCGCUGGCGCAUGCGAAUCCUCUGCUGGAUCGUAGUUUGCUGCAGCCAAGUGUGGCUGAUGUCCAAGCAGACACAGUGCACAAGGAUCUGCGUAUGCUGCUCAAGCUGUGUCUGUUUGAGGACGAUCUGGCUGCCGAGUAUUUGCUCUCGCAUCUCAUUUCCACCGUUUACAGUCGCUCUGAGAUGCAGAGCAUUGGCAAAUUUGCACUAAACCUUUGUAAUCUACCCAAGGAUUGCCUGCCUAAGGAUUACACGAGAAAGCUCUACGAAGUGCUGGAGCUGUUACUACCCGCCAGUCACUAUCUUCCCAUGUCGUUGGACACCAUGAACUCAGCUGCCUUUGCUCCCAAAAAGGAUUAUGAGACGAACAAACUGGUAUCGGGGCUGCUGCAGCUGGCACCGCACACACAUCUGGUUCUCGACGAGACGCACAUGCAGCAGGGCAAGCUGGAAGCUAACGGUGUCCAAGCCAUACAGCAUUUGGCACACUUGAUCAACAAUCAGCAGCUCAAAUGCGAUUUUCAGUAUUACCAAAUCGAUUAUAACGUUGACAUUCCAGUUCUGGUGCUUAGCGAGGGUCGCAGCAUGUUGCCGAGUGAUUUUGUGCUACCCAUCAAUGCAGAUGCCAAGGCCGUGGAUAUGAGUGAGGAAUCCAUGAAGGCGGCUCUACACUAUUUGCAACCACAACGAUUACAGCAGUUUCGUUCCUAUCUGACCUUGGCACGCACCAGUGAGUUUAGUGUCAGCGAGGAGCUCACGGAAACGAUCCAACAAUAUUUUGUGGACAUGCGCAAGGCAAAUGUGAAGAGCAAUGCCGAUGAUCUGCACGGUUUGUUGGUGCUAUCGCGUCUGCUCGGUAUUUCGCGUGGUAAAGUGGCGCUGGAUAAAGAGACCUGGCACCUGGCCACCGAAUACGAGUCCAAGCGACGACAGCGUCUGCAAUCGCUGCCCAAAUCAAGUGCACAGUUGCGCAACUAAACAAGUAACGUUCACUGCAGAUUUUUAUAUAUUUAUACUUUAGAAUAAAAAAACAUCUUUUAGACCUUUAGAGAUUUGGUAUUUCGCUUUGCCUUCAAUUGUUGAAACUCUUGAAACUUGUUACGCCCAUUGAUGUACCAUAAUGUUUCCUGAUAUGAGGAUGGCAGCACUUCUUUCACAUUCUGUUCCGCCCGAAACGUUAUAUUAAAUGUGUUGGUGGUGACCUCCUCGAAGGUGUUCGCAUCCAUGACCUGCACCACUGUUAGAAUCUGCAUGAAUUGCUCAAAAGUGUAGACGACAUGCGCUGUCAUCUUGAGGAACGAAUGCACCUUGAUGGGACUUAAAAAUGCAACAUCCAUAAUGCAUUCAAUGAACGGACGCGACUGUGUAUAAAUGCUGGCGGUCAUAAAGCUAAUUUCGACAGCGUUGCGCAUGAUGUAGCCACCAAAGAUGUUGUUCUGGGAGUUGCGAUUGUCGGGAAACGGAUGUAUCAAGGUCGUCUGAAAUGAUUGCGACAUCCAGGCAGAAUUCUCUGGCAACUCGAUGCGCUCAUCCCGUACAAUAUCUGUGCCAUUCGUACGACGAAAUAUGUCAAACAUUAGCUUCUCAUCGUUCUGUGAGGGUCGAAGGAUUGGUGCCUUACGGCCACGUCGUUCUUGCCGUUUAACAGCGUCAUCAAAGCAGAGUUGCUCUGCUUCGUUGCAAGGUUGCAACUCAUUCACGGAAGCCGGUCCAGUGUUUGUGGCGUUUCUGGCAACCAUCAUGAGAAUGGUUUUGGUAAUGUUCCGCUGCUGCUGUCGCAUAUAGAUGGUAAUCUCCAUUGAGCUCCGACCCACCCAGGAGACAUGACCACAAAAUUCAAUGUCGACGUCAGCAUCAACUGUAUUGAAGUUGUAGAAAUCCACCUUGUCCACCAGCAGUGUCACAAACACAUAGGGCAGCGGCACACCUCGUGGCAACUUUGGCACCUUCACAUAACGAUGACAUAUCCAAACUGACAGAAUUGCCUUCAAAUAUAUAGAAGGUGAUUGGCUCUUUUUGAACACGGUCUGCAAACUUACCAGCAAACAAAUCGAGAUCCUCCAUCAAGCGUCCGACACGCACUCGAGCCAAGUGAUUAAUGUAGCGCUCUCGUUUCGACAAGGAACUUAUCGGGACCACGGCGGUGGUGAAGGAAUCCUUAAUGCAACGACAUGGCAAAUCCUCGCGCUUCGGCUGAAACUUCAACAAUCCUGAGCGACACACUGGAAUCGUAUGAUAGCCCGGCUUUACACCGAUUUUUUUCUGAAUUUUUUUCGCAACUAGAAAACAGAAACAGCAUGAGUUUAUAUUGCCAUAAAUGGGGUUAGCUCAAUGCAGAAUUACUAUCUUCAAUAGUGCCCGAACAAUGUCCCGAUUGAAAUUCCUCAAACUCGCAUUUAUCUUGCCACAUUAUAGCAGAUCGAUGAAUGGUCCUCAAGCAGAAAAUCAAAUUCCUUUGCGAUGGACAUUGUGUUAUUUGACGAACUGAGC